CACAUCUUUUUCCUCCCCUCAUCACUGCCCCCAGGCUCCAAGCCCCUCCUUUUUCCCUUGCUUGUCACUCACUCGCUCGCACUCCUUUUCACCGCUGCCACUUUUGCUCAAAUCCACCACCCCCCACCUCUCGCCCGGCCCUCUCUUUCUCAGUGACUGUUCCACUGUCCCGACUUUUGCCAUCCCUCUCUCUCCUUGCCUCCUUUUCCCUCUUCUUUCCUCUUCCUCUUCUUCCUCGAUCGCCUCUGCUGCGAAUUAACUCUCCUCCUCGAUCCAUGGCUCUCUCUUAGCCCAAGAAGCUACCAGCAUACGAUUACUCGUGAUCUUGGAAGCAGUGGCGUUCCUGGCUCUUGCUCCAUCCCGUUUGAUCAUUGAGCUCUAGUCGUCUGGUUCGACAUUGCAAUGUUGCAAAGGAACCUGCCGAAUCUCUCCCUCCGGAUAAGCCCGCCCGCCGGCUCGUCGACGGCUUCCUCCGGCGGCCCACCCGCAGCGGCGGCGAAGCCACUGCGGUCGACGGAACCAGCCGCGGGGACUGACGCGGAGGGAAGCGGCGAAGUGGGAUUCUUUGCAAACCCUAGCUCCGGCGGCGAUCCCCCGGGCCUGAGCCUGGGGCUCGGGACGUCGACGGUGCGCGCCGACGCCGGCCGCCCCAGCCACCCGCAGGCGCCGCAGGGAUGCGCGUUCAAGCGCGCGGCCGCCGGCAGGGCCUCGCCGCCGGGCGGCUCGAAGAGGAGCGUCCGGGCGCCGCGGAUGCGGUGGACCACCGCGCUCCACGCGCGAUUCAUGCACGCCGUCCAGCUCCUCGGGGGCCACGAGAGAGCGACGCCCAAGUCGGUGCUGGAGCUGAUGAACGUCAAGGAUCUGACGCUGGCGCACGUCAAGAGCCACCUGCAGAUGUAUAGGACGGUGAAAGGCACAGACCGAUCGUCGCACGUCGCCACAGGCGAGCAGCAGAUGGUGGUGGUGGACGCAGGAGGAAGAGGAUGUGGUGGUGGUGGUGGUGGAGUGGUAGCGACGCUGCGUGCUUGUGAUGUCGACAUGGCUGGCUUCUGCGGCGCGCCUGUGGCAGCCGCGGCAUCUUCGGCGCCUGCCGCGACGACUAGUUCCGCUGCGCAUUUCUUCUGUGCGUCAGCUACAGGAGCGGCAGCAGCUGCAGCGGCUCCACUGGUGGUGCUGGUACCAUCGCCUCCUCCUCCACCCAUCCCCCCGAGGAGGGCUGACCUCGCACCAGUGGUGCUCGAGAAAGGCGUCGCGAUUGUUGACUCAUUGCACCGGUGUCAGAAGCUUGAUUACUCAGCAGCGCUUCAAGAUACUCCUCAGGCAUCUAAGGAGGAGGUGUCCGGUCACCUGCCGAUGGGGGCACAUGGGAGCGUGGAGGGGGCGAUCUCUGGGAACUACUGUUCAAGCCCUGCGAGCUCGUCUCCAUCUCUUGCAAGCUACGAGUUGCUCGCGGACGACACCUUUGCGCCCAACCUGGAGAUAUCGCUUGGGAGGCACGACUGGAGCAUGGAGCACCCGGAAGAACUGAGCCUGAAAUACCUGUGAAGAAAAGAUGCGGCUUCUUCUUUCUUUUGGGGUUGAUUUCACUCUGCUAACCAUUGAUCAGUUAAUGGCUGUGACGACUGGAUUUCAGUAUGUUCGGUGAGAGAGUGAGCUUGAUGUUUGGCUUGAAAAUGGUGGAGCAUGAAAUGUAGUGGAUUGGCCGGCUUGUUUGUUGGUUCGUA